GCGUAAGCAUCGGGUGAAAGUUCAGAGGUUACCCUUCCGGCGCUCGUCUCGACGCUUAUCCCUUCUGUUUAGAAAACAGAGCCUCUGUCACUAAUAUACAAUUAAAUUAAACCGAGUUAAAACAGGGACCUAACAGCCUCCGGAGACCACAUCCAAGCGCUACAGAGAAUGCUGGCUACAGGGGCGGCUGUAACCACAGCACUGGCGCAGGUGGACCGGGAGAAGAUAUACCAGUGGAUAAACGAAUUGUCAAGCCCAGAGACCCGUGAGAAUGCUCUUCUGGAGCUCAGCAAGAAGCGGGAAUCUGUUCCGGACCUGGCACCCAUGCUCUGGCAUUCCUGUGGCACCAUUGCUGCUCUUCUACAGGAAAUUGUAAAUAUAUAUCCUUCCAUAAACCCACCAACGUUAACGGCACACCAGUCUAACAGAGUGUGCAAUGCCCUGGCACUUCUGCAGUGUGUAGCUUCACAUCCAGAAACAAGGUCUGCAUUUCUCGCUGCUCACAUCCCACUCUUUCUCUACCCCUUUCUGCACACCGUCAGUAAAACACGCCCCUUCGAGUACCUGCGCCUCACCAGUCUUGGAGUCAUAGGAGCUCUAGUGAAGACAGAUGAGCAAGAAGUGAUAAACUUUUUACUAACCACAGAGAUCAUUCCCCUCUGCCUGCGUAUCAUGGAGUCCGGCAGUGAGCUUUCCAAAACAGUUGCUACUUUCAUACUUCAGAAAAUUCUCUUGGAUGACACAGGGCUGGCAUAUAUCUGUCAAACCUAUGAGCGCUUUUCCCAUGUUGCUAUGAUACUGGGGAAGAUGGUCCUGCAACUAUCAAAAGAACCCUCUGCUCGCCUCCUGAAACAUGUUGUCCGCUGUUAUCUCCGCCUCUCUGACAAUCCUAGGGCACGUGAAGCCCUCAGGCAGUGCCUGCCUGACCAGCUCAAGGACACAACCUUCGCUCAGGUCCUGAAGGAUGACACCACCACCAAGCGCUGGCUGGCUCAGCUGGUGAAGAAUCUGCAGGAGGGGCAGGUGACAGACCCCCGGGGGAUCCCUCUUCCUACCCAGUAAACCCAGAUCAGACAGACAGCUGGAGGAGAGGGGAGGGGCAGGGGGUGGGGGGUGGGGAGGGGCGGAGUUCAAUACAUUGCUCAUAGGAAGCUCAACAGUAGCCAGUUUGCUUAAGGUGAUCCAAUCAGUUCCUUGGGAUUAGUUGACCUGUGUGAGUGGUCGUGUUACAUGCGCAGCAGGGGCGCUCUGCAGCUUACAAGUCUCAACAGUUUCACAGACUUCUGGACUCGCAGGGCAACUACAUUAUAACGUUCUAGAACCUUUGGUUUGGAGAUAACCGAGUAGGUGUUCAUAGCUGGGUCAGCUUUUUACUAAGAUGUGGAUGGCACAGACCAACAAACUUACCACUGAUCUUCAGUGAACCCUCUGUGCUCCAGGCCAGCGUCCCAAAUACUGAGCUACUUCCCGUAGCUAUGCUGACUUGUGUAUCAAUACCUGAAUACCUGCACAAUGUAAUGUAAAGGAGAUGGAUACUGUACUGUAAUCUACUUUAUGUGCUAUACACCUAGAAAAUGCAAUAAUCCAGUAAUCCUAGUGGAACUCAGUUUUUGAAAUGUGUUUUUUGGAAUGUUGAUCAUUAAACACAGGAUUUCAAUAACAACCAGUGAUCGCCUUAAAUACAGAUGUAAUCCAUUUGUUUAACUGUUCAAGCAUUUGUAUAUUUACCAGAAGUUUUGGCUAUUCAACUACUACUCGGUCACAACAUUUAUGUGUCCAUUUAGAUUAUGCAGUUUAUCAUUUGUUUCAGUAAAAAUAAAUGCAUAUGAGACCCCCACUUUGCCAAUACAUCCAUACUCUGUUCCAACAAGUGCGGAAAUCUUGAUUUUAUUUUAUUUUUUUCCUGUUAAUUUUGAACUGAGCUGAGUUUGGCCAAACCAGAACUAUCCAGAGCAUCCAGAUUCAUCUGUUCUAGACAGAACCAUGUGCUCUAAAUGAAAUACGUCAAACCUGCAUUCUUUGAAACCUAUUUUUGAUGUAGUAGGUACAAAAAGGCACAAUUGGAUGUAGACUGAUGUCAAAAUGUGUGUGUGCAUGUGUUUUUUGGGGGGUUUUCUUUGCACACACAAUCAUUGAGUUCUUGUCCCUCUUGCAGGGUGGAGUUUAAACAGUGUUCUAGUCUGCAGUGUUGGUUCAGGAUGUCUAAACAAGAAGCGGCUCUUCAGAUAUUUUUAACCCUGCAGCAAGGUUGUCGUCCAUUUUCACAAAAAAAAGCAAGUAAACCAAGUUUGUGUGUGUUUUUUUACACAACAUAGGACUGUUGUGUUGAAAAUAAAAAGACGAUAUACUUGGUAGUAUUCUUGCAUUCCAAGAGCAGCAUUUCCUGUACUGUAAAUCUGUUGUGAUCACACCUUUCCAUUUUUGGAUGAUAUCUUGAACUAUUAAAACUGUUUACAAGUG